CACGCUCGCUUUGAUACGUUUUGGAGCUAGCAAGCGUAUCAAUCAACUGUUGUUAGUUAGUUAGCUAGUUAGCUAGGUAGGUAGUUAGGUAGGUAGUUAGGUAUGCUAACGUUUGGUUAAAUCACAGACCGUAGAAAGUGCAUGUGUUUUCUCUGGUCAAAGUGCUGGUUGGGGUUGUGUCAUGGCUGAGGUAGUUGGUUAGAUAUUGAAUAUGAUUAACUAGCCUCUGUGCCCUUCAUUAAUUAGCUAGUUAUCUCCACCAGUCAGAAUUGAAAGUAUUUUUCUUCUUUUCCUAACUAGCUAACUUUAGCUAGUUGGCUACAGAUCAUCGAAGUGUCAUGUUAUUCUAGUUAACGUUAGUUGGACAGAAUCAGAAUCAACUUUAUUACAUUUUACAUUUACGUCAUUUAGCAGACGCUCUUAUCCAGAGAGACUUACAAAUUGGUGCAUUCACCUUAUCCACCAAGUACAUUUUAUAGUGGAGGAUACACAAUGCAGUGUGUGGAUAUGUAGAUAUAUUUUGCAGGUGUUUGGUUUGGAGACAUGAAUCCAGAAGACGUGGUGAUCAUUCUCAGUGAUGAUGAUGAUGAUGAUGAUGAUGUGUCCAUCAACGACUCAGUCUACAUUGUCGAAGACAUCCAGAACAACGCCACCACCACAGCAGCAGUAGAUCAGCCCAUCUGCAGCAGAUCACGUGAUCCUGGAGGAGACGAGGACCUGGUCAUCACCUUCUGUCGGAGAGGAGAGGUGCUGCCUCACGCACGCUAUGACUGUCCCACACACACCUUCACACUAACAGACAGUGAUGUAGGAGGACCAGUAGAAUCCAACCAGCUCUUCUGUCACCAGUGCUUCUGUUACGUCUGUGACAAGGUCGCCUCGGAGUGUUCUGUGUGGAGUGCGUCAGGAGUCUGCCACUGUAACGCCCAUAAGAAGAGUGUGUUCUGGAGCAGCAAGCGAGACAAGGUGGUUCUGGGAUACCUUCAGAUGUUUAACUUCAACCUGCUGGAGAUCGACAACGACCUCCGACUGGCAGAGUCCUUACUGCUGCAGUUGGGGGAGGAGUUAUCAAUGGAGUACGCCUCCUUCCAGAGGGGCGUGGCUGUGAGGGGAUUGGCUGUCCAAUGUGCCUGUCACUGCCACGCGGCCAAUAGUUUGGAAUGCGGGAACUGCCAAUCAAAUCACCUGCCGCUGCUGGUCUACGAUUAUACGCAGGUGUUUAAGUGUGUGUGUCGCUUCCUUGGACGUGCGGAGAGAGAGAGGCCGAAAGCAGCAGCUGUUAUGGGACUGGGAGCAGCCAAACUCUUCAUUACGCACUGUGCACCUCCUGGAUUGGUGAUUUCCCACCAUGUUGAGGCCAGGAUAGAGGAGGCCCUGCAUUUGCUGCUAACCAGGGUAACGGAGGUGGUGCGGAGACAGAUGGUGCAGUGUGACUUCAGUCCAGAGUUUCUCCAGAAACUUCAGGGUUUCUACCAGAACCUCCCCCUACCUCCCAGCUGCAUCACUCUGAGAAACAGGCUGGGUGUUCUCCCCUGGUCGGACGUCCUGCUGGUCUCCGUGUUGAAGGGGCAGAACGUGACGGGGAUCCGACCGGGGAAAGGGAAAAGGGAACUGCUGACUGAAUCUGCUGCUGUCGUCCUACUGAGAGCUGAAACCUUACAGAUACAGAAGAGGUACCGAGAGUUGACCCGCUACCUGAAGGUGGUCCGUAGUGAGAACACAGAACUAGUCCAGGCGGUGCGGGACCUGAUCCCUCUCUUCCUGAUGAAGGCAGGGGACUUUAGCUCCGCCCUCUCCUCCUUCUUCUCUCCGCCCCAUGGGAUCUGCUGCCCCGCCUGCCGCCUGACACCACGCCUCUUCACCCUCUACCUACGCGUCGUCACCACGGCAACCGCACCCAGCACCACCGUUGCCAUUGCAACACAGCCCCUCCCCCCCGACACUCCCUGGGAGGAGGCCAAAGGUGCUGUGGUUCCCAGGAAGGUUGAGGUGGUGAAGUUUGGCCUGAGGGUUCUGAAGAGCAACAUGGCUGUCUACAUGGACACUCAGAGUUGGGCCCACUUUCUCCAUAUCCUCAAUUCUCCUGCUGUUCCUCCUGACACUGCCUUUCUGACGGAGGCGAGGAGAGUUACCAUGGAGAUCCUGCUGAACCAGGGAUCUCUGGGACACCUCAUCCAGAUACCACGGAGCUUCCUCAUG